UAAUCAACAAAUCCAUCACCUCAAUUCGCAGAAUUCUGUACUUUAGCAAUUUCCUAUACACAUAAUCAAUGGCUCGUACUAAGCAAACAGCUCGUAAGUCCACCGGAGGCAAAGCCCCAAGGAAGCAGCUCGCCACUAAGGCAGCCAGGAAGUCCGCCCCGGCUACCGGCGGAGUGAAGAAGCCUCAUCGAUUCCGCCCUGGUACUGUUGCGCUUCGUGAGAUUCGUAAGUACCAGAAGUCCACUGAGCUUCUGAUCCGUAAGCUGCCCUUUCAGAGACUGGUUCGUGAGAUUGCUCAGGACUUCAAGACCGAUCUGAGGUUCCAGAGCUCCGCCGUGGCGGCGUUGCAGGAGGCGGCUGAGGCGUACCUUGUUGGUCUGUUUGAAGAUACCAAUCUGUGCGCUAUUCAUGCUAAGAGGGUGACUAUCAUGCCCAAGGACAUUCAGCUAGCUAGGAGGAUUAGGGGUGAAAGGGCUUAAUUCAGGGAUCUGUUGGGUGUUAGUGUAAAUCUUGUUUUAAUUCCUCGUAUGCUUUAUUAAUCUUAUGAAUUGGAAACUUUAUGAUGAAUUUCUAUGAAGAUCUGGCGUUCUUAAUA